AACCAGUCUGAAUAUUUCUAACGAUCAAGUCGAGGCGCGUACGCCGAAAUUUCAAACAUGAAGAUUAUUUUCUAAACAAUGAAGGGAUUAACGUUUUGUUUUUGUAUAUAUUUUAAUGGAUGGUUAUUUAGAAGACAGAAAUAUUGUGUUUGUGAUUCAGAGGAUGUAAAAUAAUUGUAAAAAUGAGUGAAAGUAUUGAUGACUACCGUGUGCUCAAUCUACUGGGUAAAGGUGGAUUUGCCUGCGUUUACAGAGCAAGAGCUAUAAAGACAGGGCUUGAAGUUGCCAUUAAAAUGAUUGAUAAAAAGUUAAUGAAAGCAGCUGGGAUGGUGAUGAGAGUGAAGAAAGAGGUUGAAAUUCAUUCUAGGCUUAAACAUCCAUCUAUUUUAGAGUUGUACAACUAUUUUGAAGACAACAACUAUGUGUACUUAAUACUGGAGAUGUGUCAUAAUGGUGAAUUACAAAGAUAUCUGAAAUCCAACUGUAGAGUUCUCGCCGAGGAUGAAGCACGUCAUUUUAUGAGGCAGAUCCUCGAGGGCAUGUUAUAUCUCCACUCAUACGGAAUCCUUCAUAGAGAUUUAACACUAGCUAAUCUUCUGCUCACUAAAGAUAUGGAUGUGAAAAUUGCUGAUUUUGGUUUAGCUACAAGAUUGAAUGGACCUGAGGAGAAACAUUUUACUAUGUGUGGAACCCCAAACUACAUUUCACCGGAAGUAGCAAGUCGAUCUGCUCAUGGUUUGGAGGCCGAUGUUUGGUCAUUAGGCUGUAUGUUCUACACAUUCCUAGUUGGUACACCACCCUUUGACACAGAUACAGUUAAAACAACGCUGAACCGUGUUAUUAAAGGAGAUUUUGAUUUGCCAAAUAACCUUUCCCCGGAGGCGAUAGAUUUGAUCCAUCAACUUCUGCAGAAGACUCCAACUAAACGAAUACCUUUAUAUGAUGUUAUGAAGCAUCCAUUCAUGUUGAAAGAAAGUUCAACGGAGUACACAAAGGGACACCAGAAUCUGUCAAUUGAUAGUGGUCGCGGAACCAUGUCAACCGGAAUAAUGUCUCGUAUGUCUGGUGCACCGAAACCAAAACCGAUGCCAGCAAUUCAUCACAUAGGUUCAAAGAUUCCCGAAGAUCGUGAAAACAGUGUGGGCGGUGAUAGUGAUAUGUCAGCUGAUGGGUACUAUUCUGGUAACGCAGGGUCAAGGACAGAGGUGCCAGUACUUUCUAAUCCAGCCAUGAGACAUCCACCGUCGCCUCCUGUUAGAUUACGAAAUGAUGAGAAUAGGAAUACACCACAGAACAAUUACAGCAAUAAAAUGUUUCCUGACAAGUUUGUGGAUAAAAAACAUGACCAAACAAGCAAUCCAGAUUCUAGAAUGGUUGCUACGCCAUCUAGUGACAGAAACACGCAGGUUGUUGAUAGGACACCUAAAAUGAAUCAUAUGUCAGGGAUGGCAUAUAAAAAUGGCGACACUGGAUAUUGCAGUGGCAAUAAACAAUCAAAUCUUAGUGAUAAUGAAAGUAGAUCACAUAGUCAAAGGACGUUCGAUGUGCCUAGGUUAAAUUUAGCACAAGCUCAGUUUGAUCCUACGAAAUAUCAAGAAAGGGUUCCGACUCCGGUAAAUUCCUCAGGAUGGUCAUGCAGCGCAUCUUUACAUAGUAACGAUGCAAAAGUUGUUAGUCCGAGAGACCAUUCGGACACAAGUGCACAGGAUAUGUUAAGAAAGCAGGGGUCAACAUGUAUUAGCACCGUCUCGGAUGCUUCGUCUUUGGAAGGGAGUGAAUUUAGUUUACAAAAUACGAAAAAAGUGCUUAAUUUUGAAGGUGAUUCACAGCCCAAUAGCAUCAAUGAACAUUAUUACCACCAUGGCACUAUGGAGUAUCCUAUCAACUCACAGUUGAGACAGAAUACAGAAUUCUCUCAGAAACAAAUGUAUGCUAGAAGUAACUCUGUAGACGAAUUAGAGUUUGAUCGACCAAGGCAUAAACUUGUGGAUGCUCGAAGUAAUUCAGUGGACGAUUUAGACAUUGAUGACACCAGAGAUAAGCUUCGAAAACCAAGUUCGUCGAAAACUAGCGGUCAUGAAAAUUUUAAUAAUUGUGCAAGUGGUUUCUCUAACGGUUGCUCAGCAACAGACGAUUGUGUUAAAUCAAAGCAGGCAUGUGCUAAACAAGGAACUGAGUUAGGUUCACCAAUUAAUUCAGCGAGGUUGCGACCUAUACGUCAAAGAACAAGGAAUGCUAUUGUGAAUAUCAUGGAAUCAGGGGAAGUUUGUCUGGAAUUUGUUAAGCAGAAACACAGAGAGGAGAAAGUUGUAGAAUUGUUUGUCAUUUCUCAAAAUGGAUUACAGGUGAGCAUUUAUCAACCUAACAAUGGUAAAGGAGUUCCGGCAGAGGACCAGCCUAUUGCAUUGCCGAAAGUGCCGCUUAAAUCAUUUGCAUUUAAUGAGCUUCCAGAAAAAUACUGGAAGAAAUACCAGUACGCUUCUAGAUUUGUGAAGUUAGUGCGUUCCAAGACUCCGAAGGUAACUUUAUACACUCAAAGAUGCAAGUGUAUGCUGAUGGAAAAUGGCCCGGAUGCAGACUUUGAAUCUGUGUUUUAUGAUGAUAAACCUGACAAAAGUGUGAUGCCGAGAAAGGGGUGCGAUGACUCGGAUAUUAUAAGUUGGAGUGCAAAAUUUACAUCAAGCAGUCGUGGAAUGAGAAUUAUUGAACGUACCGGGACGUCACUCGUCCUGGAAUCACCAGAUAUGGAACAAAGAUUAACGCAGGAGACUCAGAAACUUCUUGAAUAUGUUAAACAGUGUCGGCAACAGUGUAUAGAGCUGGAGACGGUUGUUACUGCAGUACAAGAGAGGUGUUCACUACAAGAAGAACUCUUCCCCAUAAUAAUAGGUCGCCGCCCCAAUUCUGGUAACCUUAAUGACUCCGGCAAGUUUAGCACGGCAAGCAUUGGUACAGGAAGUGAUGAGCACAAUACAAGUAAUAAAUCUACUGACAGCAACAGACCCCCUACAAUGACAUCAUUCGAUGGAACAGUUGUGAGUACAGUGACGGAUUGCGGGGAGAAGAUGAAAUCUGACAGUUGUCAUGACAAUACAAUGAGGUCACAGUCAACAGUAAUGGGAGGUGCCCAGGCGAAUACCUCGCCCACCAGCAGUCAUGUACGCAAACUGAAUGGCAAAGAUGUGCUCCGACAAGUGAUGGUGCACGAGAUAGGCUGGGCGUCACAGCAUGCAAAUGGUGAGAUUUGGGUGAAGUUUUUUGACGGCACACAACUUGGGGUGAAAUCUACAACAACAACUAUCAAAUAUAUAGAUCAAAGUGGAAAACUGUGCAGGUUUCAAAAAACUGAUGUACUGCCAGAAUUUGUUAAAUCUCGGCUAGAAAAAGUCCCGUUGGUGCUCGAACAUUUGCUCCAAGACUCCCAGCAACAGCAUCAUCAUCAGCAGCAACAGGUGCCCGUAAACCGACAUACACCAAGAUGAAACUUGGACUAGUUUUUUAAUCCCAUCUUAAAAGCCUUAUCUGUGAUAAAUGAUAAACAUUCUCCAUCCAGACCGUCCUAGCGAUGCUGGAAAUGGAAUUAGUUUGUUGUAAUGCUCGCAAUUUGUGGACUUCUGUCGCUCUCAUAAUGAGAUUAGCGACUCGGUCUAACUCUACAAUAGUUCUAUAUUUAUUAUCUCGAAAAAAGACAUAUUUAAGUUCCCCAUAUUGGGAAAGCUAAACUUUCCAUAUAGAUGUUAUGUAGGUAGAUAAAUUGAUGAAGUUUUAGUGAAUAUUAACACUGUCAGUAGUGGAUACACUGUAAACAUACCAGGAAUAUAGAAGAAACUAUUAGACUAGCUUUGCUGUAUCAGUUAAGAAUGUCUGGAGUGUCUGAAGGAUUGACUGCCAAAGUGGAGAAGAUUUUGGUUUAGUAUAUGUUUUAAAGACCCAUCGUGACCUAUAACUUAUCAUUGUAAUUUUAUUGUCAGGAAAUAACAUAUGCAGCUAUAACAUAUUCAAACUUACUGUGUUCUGGCAGAUUAAGCUGCAAAAAGAUCAAGCCUUAAUUUUAUACAUGUACUGUCAUUGUAUUAGGUUAUUUAUGAUGCCAUAUGUGUUGAUAUUGGCCAUAGAGGGUCUUUAAAUAGAUUUAAUUUAUCAUGUAAAAAAAGAAUGUGGAGUGAAAAAGUUGAAUUGAAAUGAUAUGGUUUGUGCUCUCAUCCUUUGUGCUGUUAGAAAUUUCUGUAUAUGUAUUAAAUUAUUAUUUAUUGCUAUUUAAUGUCCAUUUGGGAAGGGUGUAUUUGGGGUAAGUGAGGGAGAAGUUAGUUUCCAAGCUUUCCUGAUGACCUACCCUAUAACUUACUGCCUUGCUUUCUUUGCUUCUUUCAAAUAGGUAGAAAAUUUUACUUUCUUUAUUCUCCGAGAAUCUGCUUUGUUCAGUCUUGCACUCGCCCAGUCUACAUUUAGAAUUAAAUUAUGACACAACCUUGUGUCUAGCAUAAAUAUCUACAAAACCCUUCCUUACAUAUUAUAAAAAAAACAGGAAAACAAAUAUUCUGCACAGUUAUAACAUUAUGCCAAUUAAAAAUUUUAUUGAAAUAAAAAUACGAUAUUUACAUACAUCUGUUCAGUUUAGUUUUAAAAGGGAUAUUUCUCAGGGACAGAAUGUUUUAAGCUUAACGUGUAAACAUUUAUAACUUUGGCUUGAAAUUUUUUAGUUUAUCUUUCUCUUUUUCACUGCCAGUUUAUUUCAAUGGAUACAUUACAGUAGUGCAUAUCAGUUUUCACUCCUUUACUACAAAGUAUAGGUCAUCAAGAAAUGAAAUUUUAGAAAAUACUCGUUACAAAAUUUCAAUAAUUACAAGUACUAGAGAAAAGUGUAUAUUUGUAAUAUAUGAAUAUAUUUAUGAGUGGUAAAAUUGCAUAUAUGAGUAUUUCUAUGCUGUAUAGAAUAGACUUUGUCUUAAAGUGUUGAAAAUAUUUUAAAUUUAUAGAAACUGGCGUUUAUGGCAGCCAAUACAUAUCUGUUGUCAGUAUAUCUAAUUUUUAAAUUUGUUUCUAGAAUUUUUGAUGAAUUCAGAAAUUUUAAAAGAUUUUUUUUUUCAUUUUUUUACAUUUAUGUAUUGUUUUUGUACACUUACGUGUAUAGUGGAUAAAUUUUUUAGAUUAUAAUAGAUAUCUUUUAAAACAGGUCACAGAAUAAGUUUAUUUUUUUGCAUUUAUUAUUUCAUAGUUUGCCAUUUGCCAGUUUCUCCGUUAGGUUAGAUUAUUAUCUAUUUAUGUUACUCUUUAUAUGCUAGUCUCUAUAUAUGAAAAAAUCUACAAAAUAAAACAAAAAUAAAAUCAA